AUGGUAGUAGCCCAGCCUGCCGCCGCAAAUCGUGUUGUUAAAACAAAACAAGUCAAUCUCACUGCCAACAUACGGAUUUUGCGAUCGCAAUCGGAUUUUGACAGCUUUUUGGAAUCAGAAAAAGCUAAUAUCUCAUAUGAGACUCAGGACGAUCUCGAUGCCCUGACGGCAUACGUGUUACACGGUCAAGUUAGCAACAUUAACAAGACCAAACAUACGAUUGACACCUCUCGUAGUCGCAUCAUUGUUCCUUCUACAGUGAUGCACAAGGAUGAUACCAUUGAAGAUUUGGGAUUUGUCAUCCCAAAGCAGUACAUCCGUUUUAUGCAGGAUCGCCAUAGCCAAACAGGUGUGAGAAUAUCGGAAACCCUUUCUCUACACUACACGUUGUAUAAUCAGGACUUCACGUUCGUCGAGUCAUUCAAUUCGCGUUGCCCUGAUACCCCUUUGAGUUUGGCUGAUUUUUGCCUGCUGAUGGACGGAUUUGAGAAGGGUGCAGCGAAAUACCCCCGUGAGAAGGUAUUCAGCUAUGAGGUUGCGCUUAUGAGCGCCCGUGAAAGUGGUAAUGCGGUGCCCGCUUAUGUGCUAUGUGAGGUACACGCGUAUUGGUUGCGACGCCGUACGGAACACGCACUACCUCUUAUCCGUUACCUCUGGCCUGUCACCUUAAUGUGGGAGUCUUCUGCAUUCCCUGUGUUUCGGCCUCGCACUAAGGAUAAGAUGCUAUUGCGGCGGCCCCGUCGCACAAAAACAGAAAGUAUUUUGCGUUUGUUCCGCAUCAUCGACGGUUUCCGCAAAGUGCUAAAGCUGCUGAGCAAAAUGCGCCAGCGCGACGAGAAAAAGUUAAUGGUGGCACAGUUGGAGGUCGUGCUGUUCGACCAACGUUGCCGUGAACGGGAAGACCACAGUUAUGUAUGCCCAUUUUGGCGUAGUAUAUUAGACAACAAACGCUCACGAGUGCUGAGGAAGCAUCGGGGAGGAUCUUACAGGACCGGCAGCUCUUCGGAUCCGUUGUCUUCGAGUGUAUGGCGUCUACAAUCGUCGCCAAUGCCCAACCGGUAUUGGUCGUCGCAUAAACUGGAUGAUUGCGUCUCGGAUAACGAAAGUUACCGUCAUUUGCGCAUUUCGCGCCGUAUUGGCCGUGGUGGCCGCAUUUGGAUUGAUCGACGGCAUCUGUACGAUCGGCAAUGUGUACGCGAACGAUCGUACCAUCGUUCCUUUUCUUUCAUAUCCGAUGAGGACAGCGGUGACGAUACUGAGCGUGAGGUCGUGAGCAUACCCAAUCUCACAGGCACCUUUAACGUUUACACGAAUGAACGUCGUUUGGAACGCAGCCCAGGCUUCGCUUCUGCGUAUGAGUGUAUGCAUCCGUACAACACCGGAGGCAUGGCUCAUUACCAGCUUCCAGAAUAUCUAGUUCGGCAGAUUGAAAUAAUAAAGCUAUUGGAGGGUAUUUUACCGGCCCGCAACGAGGGCAAUCUCAGGCGACUGCGCGCGUUUGCAAAUUAUGAGUGA